CUCGUUUUCUAUCUUCCUCGGGAAUGCCUGUCUUCGUUGCAAUCCCUUGCUUCCUGCAACGCGCUGCGGACAUUAUCUUAUCAUGGCAACCAUUGAGCAGCCCCCAGUUCAGAGCGUUCCGUGCUCCCGGUCAACCCGGUUAGCGGACCAAGCCGCCUCGGCGGCCCUUUACGUUACUCAUCCCGAGCGAAGACUAUCGGCUCGCGAGCCAUCGGCGUUCGAGACCGAUCUAUCCAACUUGAAAGUGCCAGGAUCACGUCCGGGCUUUAGCCAUGCGUCGGCAGUAGCUGCUCUGGCACAAGCGAAGAAUAGACAGCUCGAAGCUGAGAAACAGGCUGCAGCGAACCAUGCCCAAGAUCAUUCCGAUAUUUCGAGCCAUGGCGGGUAUAGAGCUGCAGUCUCCGCGCACAGGGAACGUAGUUCAAUAUCGAGUUUACCCGCGAGCACGGAGAUCUCCGCAGCCCAUUUAAAACCAGAUGCGCGUCGCGAAAUCGCCGAAAGAGAAAAAGCCGUCUGUGCUGCUAGGGGAGCUCUGUAUAGCAAUAGGAGGAGAGCUGAAUCUGCACCUUCUGAAGCGCCCUAUACAACUUCGGCGGGUCAAAUCAGCGACAUGGACGUCGCAUUGGAGGCUAGCCGAAUUCAACACCUUGCACAUGUCAACCGUCGACUAUUCACUGCAACCCCACCUUUGGCGCCAGAGGUAGAAGAGCAAAGAAGGAAAAGCGUGCUGCAAGCAGCUGCCGUGUCAAUGGCGCGGGACAUGUACAGCCUCACAGAAGCUACCGAACCAGAGCAACUCUAUCCAUCCAUUCCUAGUACUCAAGCAAACUAUGGCCGUGUGCGUCCCAAACGAUCCGCAAGUCGACCAGAACCAGGGGCCAUCCAACGGGCAGUGAAUCUUCAGAUGACCGCUCAGAAGCUUGCAGCAGAGAAAUUGGCCAGCAUGCAGGAUGACACCGCAGUAUACCGGGAAUAUUACCGACUUGAGCAGCAAGAUACACGGUCCAGCGUGCCUACCCGCAGAAGGAGAUUGUCUAUAGACUCGGAUGCAUCUGAAUUCGAUGUAGAGCGGUCCAGAGAGAUCAGGCAUCAGAUGACCAGUCUCCGAACAAAGCUUGAUGCGGUGGAUGAGCAGAGAGACAAAGAUCGCGCUCUUCUAAUGGAAGCCGCCAGGAAGAAUGUUGAUGCAGUUUUGCAAGAUAUGGAAAUGCGUGUCUAUGCUGAGACUGGGCGUGCCCCUGCUGCACUCCAGAAAGAAUGGGAGGAGACGGCACUAGCCCGCGCGCGGAAGGAUAUGCAAGAGACUGACUUGCAAUAUACCUCAGGCGAGAAAGUCAACCUUGGUGCUCAGAAAUUCAUUGAUAUGUCUGAUGUGGAGGCUCUUGCUCGUUCAAGGCUCCAGCCAACGUUUGAUGAAAUUACUGAUCGCGCAGAGACGGAAAGGGCUAAGGAUUUAGAGCGACGCUUGGAUGAAGAGGAAAGACAGCGUCACGAAGCUGUAGCUCGUCAACGAGAGGCUGACCUUGUAGCCGAGGAGAAGCGACAGAAGGCUGCUAUGAAACAAGAGUUGAAAGGCAGAGGGGAAAAGACAUGGUUGUGGCGAAGGUCUAGGAGGGGCCAAGACCAUGAGCCCAUUGUAGGAAAACAUACCGCAACCAGGGCUACCGAAGGACUCGAGGGUGCGGCUGAGGAGCAUGCAAAGAGUGCUCCACAGGAAACAGAGCAGCCACAGACCACACGAGCCGGAAACGAAGCUACUGCAUCAGGUGCCGUGGUAGAUACAGGAUCUACAGAGCCCAUCACGAGAACAGAGUCGAAACUCAAAACGUGGCUCAAUAAGUUGGGCGGUCGUCGCCCCAGUGCAGGCACAGGCGAAGCUCCAAAAAUAGCGGAGGGCGAUCACGAGACACCCUCAAACGCGGUGGAGGAAACUGCUCAGCCAGCAGAGGGACCGAAUGAGUCAGUUGAGACAGCUGAAACAGCUGAAACAGCUGAUGCAACUGAUUUAGCCGAGGCGGGUGGUGAUAACGAACGUGGUGCGCCUCUUAGGUCCAAUCCUGUUACAGCAGAUGAUUUGCAAGAAAUGCAGAGAAAGUCAGUGGAUGCUGGUACGCUGGAGGCUAUGAAACCUGAAGGACAGGCAGUUGAGCCAGGGUCCAAGGAGAGUCCGGAGCAGAAUGGUGAUAAGCGAUCUCGCCUGAAGUCCAGACUUUCGCAGAUGGUCUCGAGGAACUCGCAAGAUAAGACGGAUGAAGUUACAGAUCAUAAUAAGGAAGCCGAUGAAGGAUCUGUACCUGUCGAGCAUACUGCCGCAGAUGAAUUACCUUCGCACGUUACUGAGCGAGAUGAACUACGUGAGAGUGCCGCCGAUCAAGGAUUGCCUGUUCCGCCUGCAAUCGGAAAGCGAACAAGCAACGGUACUACUGGUCGUGAAUCACGGUUCUCUGAAGACCUUUGAUGAUGUAAUUGUAUUGCUUUCAUUGUCUCUGUACAUCUUUUGCCGCGGUUCUGGAACUCUGUUUGAUCGUUAUAUCCUUAUUCUGCGGUGUGGAUUAUGUGCUUUUUGGAGUCGGGAAUAUUAUAGGAAGGUGGUCUGGUAAGGCGUUCUACAGGAUUUCCAGUACAUACGAAGGGACAUACCUGACUGCUAAUGCUGUCAGUUUUCCCCACGAUUUUACUUAGUUUUUUUUCUUUUUUUUUCUUCUACAACCUAGUAUGUGAAAAGCACAAGUAUUUAACAAUGCCUCCAUGGUUAUAUAUGUACGACUAAUUUUACUCUUAUUAAUGAUGCAACCUCAGGCUGGGUGUAUCCUAUGCUACCCUGCCGUAUCCACUAGGCA